AUGGCAACACAACAGACUAAUAUGCGCCGUCACAGAAAUCAAAAUGAUGAUGAUAACAUCAGUGUUGUUUGUUAUAAAGAUCCAGAGACAAAGCGUGUUGGUAUUUUAAGAAUUCGUCAGCAAAUUACAUGCAGCGCUUGUGUGAUUGUACGUGGUACAUUAUCAGCGUAUCGUAAACAUUUAUUAAGUCAGAGUCAUUGUGAUAUUGUUCGAAAACUAUGUGACGAAAAUAAAUAUUCACCAUCGAUUUAUGAUAAAGCGUUCCAUCUUGCAUUCCAAAAUCGGUUUGAUUAUCAAAGUGAACGUUUUCAUUUCUUGUAUAAACAACAAGAUGAUAAUGAUCAAAAAUCUUCAACAAUAAUCAACAACGUUAUAAUGACAGAUAUGAAUCAGUCAAAGAUGGAUACUUCAAACGGUAACAAUAACGAUGUAAUUCAAGCAACUGCUCCGACGAAUGAUACGUCUACGAAAACUGAUAUUAUGAAGAAUACAACAUCGACUAAAGCCAAUAAUAAUCAAAAUAAUCGUAUGAAACGUCGCCUGGAUGUUACAUUGGUAUUUCAAGAUAAAAAAUACUCAAUGGUCGGAACAGAAAUAGCACCAAUAAGAGCAAAACUACUCGAAGACUUGGUUACUGAUCGUGCCGCAGAAUUAGCUUCAUUCCCGAUAAGUGUUUAUUUUAGAAAAAGAAUUGGUGGUCAACAAAAAGAAGGGAAAGAAGAAAAUCAAAAUAGUACGAAUAAUGAGUAUCAACAGCUUCAGACGAGUUCUGAAAAUAUCACCGAUGAAUUAAAUGUCAAAUCGGCAUCAAGUGCCGUUAACAAUCAUAAUAAUAAUAAUAGUAAUAGUAAUAAUAAUAAUAAUAAUAAUCAGAAUUCAGCAGUAGUAUCAUCAUCAGGAGUAAAUGCUAACUCCUCUUGUACUACCGAUAUUGUUGGUAUCGAUGAAAAUGAGGAUGAUACAAAUUCACAAAUGAAAUUUGAUGACACAGAUUCUAUAUCUGUCGUGCCAUACACAGUCAAGCGCUACACAGGGCGCUCAUGGCAUGUGAGUCCAGAAAUGACCGUUGAUGAAACAGCGCAGCAGAAUAAUGAAAGCAUAUGCAAGCACGUUGUCGAUUAUUUGGUUUAUGAAACAUACGCACAUGGUGAACGACAACGUUUAAAAUCAUUUAUGUCAGCUGCAGCUAGAAGAAGUUUUCGAAAGAAAAAUAUGUUUUAUUGUGAUAUAUGCUAUGUUCGUGUCACGUCAGAGACAAAUUUUCUGUUGCAUUUGGAAGAUCCAAAACAUAUUCAAAAUUUCGCUAAUUAUGAAAAUACGUUCCUACCAUGGAGAAAAACAAUGCAAACGAGUUUAUUGACGGGUAAAUCAUUCAAAGAUUUAUUGGGACCGAAUUUAUAUAAAGAAUAUAAACAAACAUUGGGAUUCUACUGUGCACCCACAGAAUUUUUGAAUCGUGGUCGGUUUAUGUGCGCCUAUUGUGAACAGUUAUUUCAUGACCAAUGGUUAUUAGAGAAACAUUUACAUACAAAAGAACAUUUGGCAAAAAAGUCAACAUAUGAAGACAAAGACCACAAAGAGUUAGUUGUUCGUUUUGGUAAUAGUUUGUUUGUACCAGCCAUAUUUCGUUAUAAUGGUAUUACUGAACUAGCUGAUAUUCAUCAUGAUAUUAAAAAUCGUUAUAAUUGGCGCUUUAUAACACGUCAACAACUGAAUGAAGAUACAAAUAUUUUUCUUAAUAAUUAUCCAUAUGAUGCAUUUGAAGGUGUAACACGUGUCAACACAGAGAAUGAAAAUAAUAAAAAUAAUUCAAAUAAUCAUGUACCACAGCCACAGCAACAAGUACAAUUUUCCAAACGGGGUGCUGUUAGACAAUUUCCUAGUUGGAGAAAAUUCUAUCCUAAUCGGACGUUAGUCAAUAAUAUACCAGUUGGUGGAAACAAAAUUGAACAACCUUCCAAACGUUCAAGUUCUGCAGCAGUAAACGGUAACGUUAAACGUAGUCGUAGUGAACUUCCUCCACCUGUCACCAAUACAAAUACAAAUUUACAUCAAAGAAGAGGUGGUACUGUCGCAGGAAGGGGCCAUCGGAUGAGAGGUCGCGGUGGAAAUAUUCCAUUCGGAAAUCAGAAUUUUCAUCUUGUAAAGCAAAAUCCGUUUCCUAUGAAUUCUGGAAGACCAACAAAUAUGAAUAAUAGUGAUCCUAAUUGGAAUAAUAAUUUUCCCGCACGUCCAGCCUAUCAACGAGAUAUCCAAAAUGACACUUAUUCACAGGCUAGAACUGCUACGUCGUCAUUUGGUGGUAGUGGUGGAUAUUCCAAUUUUUCCUCUGCUCGUGGUCCCACAGAGAAUUAUGAUCCAAAUUUUAUUCAUGCUGUAGCAAGAGCGGUUGCUCAAUAUCGACCAGAAACAGCAACGAACCUUAGUCGACAAAUUCGAGAUCCUGGAAAUCCAACAAAUGAGCUUAUCCAUCAUGUUGCAAAUGCUAUCCAACGAUCGAAUCAGUCUUUUGACCAACCAGCCCCGAUGAACUAUUCAAAUCAUCAGCAACAUGAUUCAUUUGGUACAUCAUAUAAUACAGAUCCGGUCCUUUCUUAUGCCGAUUAUCGUUCAUCAACUGGUCCCUCUUCAUAUGCAUCAAACGCGACAUACACUCCGUCUUCGUCGUAUUCAUCAUUUAGUGUUCCAUCAUCAUCAUAUACAAUGCCACCAAAUGAUUAUAGUGCGCCGAAUAAUUCAAAUUAUAAUCGUUUUGAUAAUACAAUACCACAACAAAAUUAUUCAUCAUUUUCUUCUAAUCGACCUUUCAGUGCAUCACAACACCUAGAACAAUUUUCUGACCUUUCAUGGUCCGGAGAUCCACCAUACAAAAAUCAACAUCAACAACGUCCGGUUAGAGGAGGUGGAAUAUACCGUGGUCAACGAGGAAAUGACAGUAGAAAUCGUCGAGGAGCAGCGACCAACAUAAAUCAUCAAGCUAAUUGUACGAUGAAUGUAUCCACAGCAGUAAGACGUACUAGCACUGUUCAUCCAUAUCCAGAUCCAUCACUUGUGGGUAUCGUGCUGGGCGCUCAAUGGGGUGAUGAAGGUUGUAAAGGAAAAUUAGUUGAUUUACUCGCAUCGGAAUCCGAUGUUGUAUGCCGAUGUCAAGGAGGCAAUAAUGCGGGACAUAUGGUUCAUUGUGGCAGUCUUGAAUAUGAUUUUCAUAUGUUACCGUCUGGCUUUCAUUUGCCCAAUUGUGUUAAUAUCAUUGUCAAUUUACCCGAAUUAGUUGAUGAAAUAAAGAAAAAUGAAGCUAAAGGCGUUACUGACUGGCAAAAACGUUUGUUAAUUUCUGAUCGUGCUCAUUUAGUAUUCGAUUUUCAUAAACAAACUGAUGGUUUGAUUGAAAAAGGAAGAGCUAAUGUUCCUUCAUUUUCUAUAUAUCCGUUUUCUCUUUUACGUAGUCUCGGAACAACGAAAAAAGGCAUAGGACCAACUUAUUCAAGCAAAGUAACCCGAAAUGGUGUACGAGUUAUUGAUUUAAUGGGCGAUUUUGAUGUGUUUGCGGAGAAAUUACGAAAUUUAUUUAAUUAUUAUAAAAUGACAUUUCCUGAUUUGGAAGGUGAUAUUGAAAAAACAAUUGCACAGUUUAAAGAAUUAGCCGAAUAUUUUCGUCCAAUGGUCACAGAUACAAUUGCAUAUUUGAAUAGAGUUAUACUCGAUGGUGACAAGAAAAUUCUGGUUGAAGGAGCAAAUGCUACGAUGUUAGAUAUUGAUUUUGGAACUUAUCCAUAUGUGACAUCAUCUAACUGUAGUAUUGGUGGAGUAUUAACUGGUCUCGGCUUAGCACCAAAAUUCAUCGGUGAUAUAUAUGGUGUGGUUAAGGCCUAUACAACUCGUGUUGGUGAUGGAAUAUUUCCUACGGAGCUAAAUAAUGAUAUUGGUGUGCAUUUACAGACAAAAGGUCAUGAAAUUGGUGUUACAACAGGAAGAAAAAGACGUUGUGGAUGGUUAGAUCUUGUUUUACUUCGUUAUACAAAUAUGAUUAAUGGUUUUACAGCACUAUGUUUGACAAAAUUAGACACAUUGGAUGAAUUAAGUGAAAUCAAAGUAGCUACGACUUAUAAACGUCAUGGUGAAAUUUUGAACAGUUUUCCGGCGAGUGUAGAUACUAUGCACGAUAUCGAAGGUUUAUUAUUAUCUUUUAUAGUUGUUCAGAGAUGA